CACUGACGGUACCUCCCUCCCUCCUCUGUUGACACACUUACGUUGCACACACAACCCAAGACUCUCACAGUCCGUCAAUUUGCAAAUCCCGUAUCCGUGUUAGAAUCCUCUAGAGACCACGAAAGAAGAGCGCCGGAGUAUCAGUAGUAGUUUCAGCGCGAGAAAGCAACAAAGGAUAUUACGGGCGUUCACAGUCAGUGACACGUACUUCGAACCUCAACGUCACCUUGCUCACAAUCCACUCGCCCAGACGUCUUUCCCGAGGAGUAUUAUCAUCUUUCCCAACAGGAACACCUACUGUGCUCACUGUCAAUACGUCGCGAACAUGAACACUGCGCAACACGAGAGUGUCCACGACAGCGACAGCCACAACGUCGUGGGCAUGUUGUGGGACGACGAUACCCGCCGUGGUGAUGGUCGCUCCUUCUGCGAGGAAGACGCCGCCGUGACGAGGAUUGCACGGAAGCACGGCCUCACUCCGAAUACCAGUACCCCCGCCACUCCUCGUGUGCGCGUACAACACGAUCCCAACAUUCCACCCAACGACGUGGCUUUAUUGGAGUCCCUGCCUCCCCAACUCCAUCCCGCCGUGUCCUUGGGCAUGCGACGAGUGUCGUCGGCCUACUGGUCCAUCCGAUCCACCAGCGGCCACAACGCUAGCAGCGGAAGCAUUAGUAGUGACAGUGACGCGAGUAACGCUCUCUCACAUGCGGCUUCCUUUGCGGAUCUGUGGUCGCUACGUGAUGCGUACGACACUUUAGAUCGUAACGAUGAAUUACCAACGGCGGAAACCUCACCCGCCGGAGUCCACUCGUCCGGUGCCGCUAUUGCGACGGAGACAAAACUUGGCGAAAUGGUCGACGAGGAAAUCCUACUCGACACUGUUGCGGCCGGGAUGAGUAUCGAGUCAGAGACCGAGCACGAUCAAGCAACAACCACGCCGUCGUACCCGAAAACGACUGCUCCUCCAGCCGAUGGCGGUCUUUUGUACCACGAUAUUCUUACACACGUUUUUACCUUUUUGGACGCUCGCGAUUUGGCCGCUUUCUCCGAAACGGCUCGGCGCCCCAAUUUUGAAACGUUCUACUUUCUACAACUUCAACUUCAACGCGCCUUGCUCGUCGGAGGAAGCCGCAAUCAUAACCACGUCGAUCCUUCCCAGACGACGACAGCAUCGGACGAUCCUUGCGACGAUGCCGAUAGCGAUACCGUGUCGGUAUGGAACGCACCCUUGGCUGGAGUAGGGUGCGUUACACGACUCGCGCAAGUCGACAGAGACGCCGCCGAACAAGUCGUGCAGACAUUUCUAUCUUCCAAUACCACUCUCCCACAUAUGCCCUUGUCGCAUUCACUCGUCUUUUUGCGUCACUUCCUCCUCCGUUCCCAACAUACUUCAUUUCCUCAUCGUACGCGAGCGAAAACUACGGCCAUCGACGCAGAACGCAGCAGCAACGCGGAUCGCAACGAGUCGGAGGAGGAUGCACAAGCCAUGCGGCGCCGUCGGCAACAACAAUCGCAGACGAUUGCAUCCGCCGCACUCUUUAUUACGUUUUUAGGGGGUGCCGCCAGUAUGAUGGGCGGUAGCGAUCUCAUGACUCCCGAUAAUCUUGCUACUCUCGCCAACAACACGGAACUCCUGUUUAAAGUCGGUGUCGUCGGAUCAUUGAUGGGCGCAGCGCAAAAAGGAUACGAACAAAAACGCAAACAUCAGAAAGAAAAGCUCGAUAGCAGCGAUGCCACUUCUGUUACCGCGGAUUCUCGUUCGGACGAGCGGGAGGAUCAGCUAGUGACCGAAUUGCAGCCUUUCUCUACGCAGGAAGACCGAUACUUCUUUCCUUCGUUUUCGCACAUGAUGCAAGCCGCUUAUCAACGCAUGGCGUCAUCAACGGGUGACUUGGACGAUUCGAAACAGCACGAUGAGCCACUGGUUGUACCGCAGACUCCCAAUCCAUACGAGCACUUGCCAGCAUCGGAAGGCAUCACUAAUUCGGUCGUCGCAACCAACCCCAACGAUACCAUGGAGGAUACUGGCGAGAACCCCACUAUCAGCAAAGAACCCGUCCGUAAAUCACCCACGGGUUGUGUCGGUGCGUAUUCAAAAGCUGUCCGAGGCGCCACGUCUCGGAUAGUAGCUAUGAUUUUGGAACGCCGACGUGAAAAAUUCAACAGACAAGUUGCCAUGGUCCGUGAAGAACUCGCUUCCACUCUCAUCGAUGCAUGCAGUAGCGACGAUCACCUCGACACCGUCAUUGAUUUGGUCCGACGCCGUGGUGUGGUGGACGUAGAAGGUUUUCACGUCGGUACGGACGGCACGGAAACCUGCGCGCUACACGCCGCUGCUUUUCACGGCAGUGCUGCCAUUGUCGAUUUUUUGUGCCGGGGUAUCGACGAGACUGACCCGAAUCUCGACGGUGGACUCUGUGACGUGAAUCUUCGCGACGCCAACGGCUGGACGGCGGCACACUUUGCAGCCGGUGCCAACGCGGCAAAUGUGAUACGAGUCUUGGCUGCACACGGAGCUGACUUGAAAAUUGAAGCUGCCAACGGCUAUACUCCUCUACAGUGGGCUCUGCGUUUGCAGAACGAGGGGGUCGCUGAAGUAUUGCGACAGAUGGUCGGAUCCGAACCCUCCUGGAUGAGUCGUCAACCGCUUACAGCCAUUGCCAGCCGAUUUUUUGCUUUGAUUCCGACACACUGAUGUCGGGAACUUCUUACAUAUAUUUAGCUGCAUUUAAAGGCAAUCCGAACACGGACUGAGAUAACUCUGGUGACAGAGAGAACGGAAGUACGGUCUCACGGCUUUCUUUCAGAGGAGGGAGCACGUGUUCAUACACGCACUCAUGUAUUGUCACUAUAUUGAAACUAGUAGAAGUAAAGUAGUCUUUUAUAUACUUUAU